CUUCCCGGCCGCCCUGUCCUUUCAUCCCCUCUCUCUCUCACUAGUCUUUUUGCAUUUCAAGCGGUUUCAGAGGAGCUCGUGAGAUACAGAGAUGGCUAGGAUCGGGAAACACGAGCCGGGAACGAGUCGAAGACGAGACGACACUGGAGCAGACGCGGAACGAGGCGAGUCGACUCGGCAUGGCGCGACGGAGCGGCGAGUUCUCCGAUCGCAGUACUCAACCGUGAAGAGUCUGAUCUACGAUGAAAGAGAGGAUAUUUCUCGUUUGGAUUCUGAUAGAUUCGAAUUGGUUAUCGGCGAAGUGGAAAAUCUGCAUCAGUUAGUUCAGAAGCCUCGAGAACAGGUCGCGGAUGCAGAGACUUUACUAGACAUUGCAACCACGCUGGUAACAUCAGUCCAGUCCCAUGGCAAUGGAAGAGUAGUGCCUUCUGACUUCAUAAGCUCUCUGCUUGCAAACUACGGGCAGCAUGAUGGAGUGGCAAGCAGGGGGAAUGCUCGCAAUUCAAUGCUGUGGGUGGGAAUUGGAUUUGCUGUCUCUCAUGUCUUCAGGAAGGUCCCUGGAUGCUGCACCAUGAUCGGGCCCGUGAAUACUGAAAUGAAGAAAAGAAAGGCUGUAGCCCAUUGGAAACGUACUAGACCAACUGAAAGCACUCAUCCUGAAGAGGUUGAUGAUGCUGGUGCGGAAGAGAAAACAGAGACGGAUAAGAACAUGUCGACCAUGUUCGAGAUCUUGAGGAAGAAGAGGUGUGUCAGGCUUGAACACUUGGUGUUGAACAGGUCCUCCUUCGCUCAAUCAGUAGAGAACAUUUUUGCGUUGUCUUUUUUGGUUAAGGAUGGUCGAGCCGCGAUAACAGUCAACGAAAAUCGGCAUCAUUUUGUUUUGCCCAGAAAUGCUCCUUCUGCGAGUUCAGUGGCCUCUGGAGAAGUUUCUUACAGCCAUUUUAUUUUCAGAUUUGAUUUUGAGGAUUGGAAGUUGAUGAUCAGUGUUGUUGGGGCUGGGGAGGAGCUGAUGCCACAUAGGAACAUGAGGAAUGCAUCUGGCAAUUCUCCCAAAGUGCCGAUGCAAUUUGAUUCACAGGUGGCCAUGCCGACAACACCCAUCAGGAAGCUGUCUAGGAACCGCGGCCUCAUUGUACGGGGAGAAUCUGUUGUUGAAGAUGAUAGCACAAGAAAAGGACUGACACUGUUAACGUCUGAUCCAUUGAAUUGGGUAGAGAAUGCUUGAUCAUGUCUGUUAUUCCUGUUUUGGAAGCCAGGAAAUGUUUUGUAUAAAUAGCUUCAGUAUCUGGAUGCAGACAGCUUUUUGUAUAAUUUAGUAGGUAACUAGUUAUUUUAAUUUAAGUUUCAAACAA